AUUAACAUAUCGGGUGGAUUUUCCACGAGUAUCUCUUCUAAUUUUUCAUUUUUAUGUAGUACUUACGUCUUCUACUUUAAAAUCCUUGGGUACGCAAACCAUGUAAGUAUUUCAACGGUUCCAGGGAUUUCAACUCCAGCUCAUAUAAGUGAAUAUUUUUAUAAAUGCAUUGAAAAGGCGAAAUAAUGGCAAGUUUCUUGAUGUAAAAAUAAACUAGAAAUCAAAAAUAUAACUUACCUGCGUUGAUAGAUCCUAUGUACCAGUCUGUCUAAGAAAUAUCAGUUGCUGUAUACAAAAAAGGUUCAUAAUAGGACUCGACUAACAAUCAAACUGCGACAUUCAUGUAAAAUCUGACAUAAUAACUUAAAUCUACAUAAUUAAAGAGUAAUAAUGCAUGUUUGUAAUAAUAAUAAUAAUAAUUAUUAUUACUAGGAAGGUACACCGGCCGGUAAUUGAAACUUUGAAUUCCGGAAACGGGCGCCAUGACACUGCCAACUCCGGUCCGAUUGUUAACUGGGGUUACGGACGCGCAUGCGCCACGCGAAUCGUUUGGGCUCGUUCGCAGAGCGCGUAAAUAUAUUUUAACCGUGUAAUUCGUAAUUCGCGCAAGUCUCGUUUGUUUGAAAUUGUCAGCCUCAUUUUUAAUAAAGUUUUUGCAAUAUUCAAAUAAUAGCGUCUGCGUUAAACUUGCUGACUCCUUGGUUGCUAGCAUCUUACCCAUCACCUUAGAUACUCCUAUGAAUCGCAAAUGGAUGCCAAAAGCUGAUACUACAACUUGGACUCCUUUGGAAUUCAUUUCCGAACUCUUCUGGAAAUGGUCACAAAAACAAGAAAGACCCAUCAAUGGCAGUCUCUUACAGUUAGUAACCAAAGAUAACAAGACAGAAGUUAUUCCUGCCUAAUUGACAAAUUAAGAUGCUUCAAUGAAAUCUCAUGAAAUGAAAGUAAAAGUGCGCAUGACAAUACUUAUUUUUUAUAUUUUUUUUUUCCAAAAAUCUGUAGCAAUACUUAUGUAAAC